AUGGAGGUCGACGAUGCCGAACUUCUUGCUCUUGCGGGAGGUGAUGAUUCUUCCGAUGAGGAGACCACACAGGCACCUCCUACCGUCGCCAAAGCUAUCUCUCCCCUACCUGCAAUCGCGCUUUCUCCACCACAUACCAAAGACCAAUCCAGUCUGACCCCGAAUGCUUCCGCCAAGCGUGGAGGUGCUAGCAAGACUGUGAAGAAACGCAAGGCUGAGUCCGAGGACGAAGGUGAAGCCUCUUCCGCACCUGGAUCACCGGACUCUCUACAAUCUGCUCCAAUGUCUGAAUCCGACUCAGAUGCCUCUCCAGCCCAUGGCGCUGGUGCCGGAGGUCCCAUCUUUCCAGUCGACAAUAAGUUCUAUUCGGAGCAAGACAAGAAGAAAAUCAUGGCCCUCUCCGAAAUUGAGCGGGAGUCGAUCCUCGCAGAUCGCGCUCAAAUUCUCGAACGCAAUCAGCAAGACCAGCAUCUUCGUCGUCUUUUGCAAACCCGCGGGAACGCAGAUACGAAGUUGGCCGACAAGAAGCGCAAGAUCGGUACCACUGAUCUUGAAGACAGUCCGAGAAAGAGUUCCCGCCAGAAGACUACACUCGGCGGACGCAAAGUUGGAGAAACAUCAGCGGCCAUUGAUGCAUAUAAGCGUCAGCGCGAGGAGAAGAGCCUGCGAGAUCAACAGCGGAAACGUGAUGGGGCGAAUCGAAAAGACCGCCGGGCACGAAGCACUAGUGAAAAUAGGUAUUCGAGUGCCGAUGCUGAUGGAGAGAGCGAGGUUGAGUGGGAUGAAGGGAAGCUUAAGGUAGACGACUUCAAAUUUCGCAACACGCAGCCCGCGGACUACAAUGAUGUCCGUCGUGCGACUUUGACUCGCGGUUUGCUCGCAGACUACUGCUUUUACCCUGGGUUUGGAGAGGCUGUUAAGGACUUCUAUGUCCGUCUACCAUCGAAACCAAAGGCCAGUGGUGAGAUGAACUAUGAUCUGAUGUUGAUCAAAGGGAUUUUGGAGAAAGAAAGUUUCGACUAUGCCGUAGAGAGACCGAACGGAAAUAAGAUCGUUACCAAUCAACACAUCCAACUCAUGAUUGAUGGAGCUAUGAAGGACAUUCACUUCGCGGCCAUCUCGAAUUCAAGACCUACAGAAGCUGAGGUCGCAAACCAUAAAAUCGCCAUGAGUGACUCGGGGAAAACGCUGCCUACCAAAUCGUUCCUUAUAUCAAAGCUCGCAGAUUUUGAUGCGGUCGUCAAACAUCGAUUCACCGAUGAAGAGCUCACAGAGAAGCUAAAACGUCAAGGUGCUUUGCAGAGAAAGGACGCCUACUUUGAGCGUAAUGGCAUUAACACCCGUCGUCGCGCCGCCGAAGUGAAAGGCGAUGAAGCAGCGAUUGCCAAGUGCGACGCCGAGCUAGCUGCCCUAGAUGGACCAAAGCUCAAAUACGGCACAUUCCUCGUGGACCCUAAGGCCAAACCCGUUGUCCCUGCUGGACCGACCCAACAGGAGCGCCUUGCUGAGUUGAACAAAGCCAACCGCAAGGCAAACCGGGAAAAUGUCCGCAAAGCUCAACUCGCAGAGCGCAAGGCGGACCGGAUCAAUCGUGAAGCCGUUCAGCGUGGAGAGGCUAUGCCAAAUUCCUUUGCGCGUGUUAAGACUUACGCCAAGACUCAUCACGAUGCCAAAGAGGCUCUGAAUCCGCUUCUUGCUCGCCAGAAUGGCAGCAGUCGCGACGUUAGUCGUUCUGCCACCCCUGCUGCAGUUACGACUCCUAAAGUGGAGGCGAAAAAGCCCGUAUUUCCUAGCCCAGCCCAAAAGUUCACGGCUUCGGGCAUGCCUAUACUUGGAAAUCGCAACAUGGACGACGAGAUCAUCGCUUCCAUGGACUUGGGGAUUGACAUUGAGAUAUAG